AUGUCCAACAACCGUAGCGAUGCCCCUUUUCGUGUUGUCGCUCAGUCGAGCGAUGAAGAGCCCACGUCUUCCAUCCAGCCCAGCGUCGCAACACAGCCGUUUCGCCCACGUCAAACUCUCGAAGCAGAUCCAGACAUAGCGGUCGGCACGAACCUCCAGCAAGAGAGUGGCGAAACCCUCGACGGCGUGUCUGAUGAGGCUGCUCUACCUACAAAGUCGAAAGAAGAAGUGGAGGAAGACGAAGACGACGAGCAAGAACAGGGCCAUGCGACGAGUGGGAGUACGAGGAUCCAAGCUCAAGAGCGGGAAGGUUCGAAUAACCCCAAAAAGCCUCGAAUAAGACGACAAGAAGCUGAUCCGGGGUGUGCGGAAGUUCGAAGAAAUCAGACUCGCCUGUCUGAUUAUCGGCGUUCUGAUCUGCCUGAGGCGCGAUUCUUCACCUGGCGGGCCCGUGCGCCGUGCCAAAGCUUGGACUUUGCAGCUGUCACCGUUCCGACAUCUCUUCACCCCAACAACUCCCAACUUUGUCAAACAGACACACUUAAAACACACAACAUCAGCCAUUCAUCCCCCAACGAAGGACAAGAACCAUACAUCUUUUCGGGCGUCGACGAAGACAGCAGGGAAUGGCAGGUCUGGCACAACCGCAAUCCGAAUCCGGAUAUUGCGGCUCGCGCGCAGGAAGCCAUCAACGCAUUUCACGCCGCUGUCGCUGCUUCCCUGGACGGGUGCAAGAAGGCUCUGAACGACUACGCUAUAGUGGCGCCUUCUAGGUCUGACUUUGACACUCUACCCAUCUGGUCGUCGCACUGCGCAGUGGUGGAGCAAUUUCAUCAGAAGCUGCCGCGGAUUCACUACUGCCUCAGCGUGGUACCAUUGAACCAGCAGUGGGAGUUGUUGGACUCGGAAAGGAAGUAUCAGGAGGCGUGGGCGAACUUCCACGAAGCGAACGCGAUCGUCGGGAUACUGAACCACACGCAUGUCGACGAAGAAUACCGAACGCAACCUCCAAAGCAAGUAUACCUCGUCGAGUGCUAUCGGAGACUUCGCCACAGUCGUGCUCGUAUUUGGCACCUCACAGCAAUACGCAUCGUACGGGAUGACGACACCAACACCAGCAAUGAAGCUAUUCAUGAGCACAUUGACCGCUGGUAUGAGAUCAAGGAAGAGUUAGCAGCACGGCGCGAAGAGUAUGUCGAACAGGUCAUUGAGUCGCUUCGACCCUUCUUCGACGAUGACCACCCAAUGAUGGCUCCUAUUGUCGAGCAGGAAGCUUUUAUCGAGGGUCUAUUUUCUGACCUACGUGAGGGACAGUUCCAAGUCGAAGACGGAGAAGAAGCGGAAGAAGUGGUUGAGUGGGAUGAGGAUGAAUUGGAACAGCUCAAGGCGGAGUUGGGCCCAUCUCGUGCUAUCAUCAUCGACGCCGCCCAAGUGCGAGCUGCUGAGCCCGAACUCGUCCUCGAGAAGCAGCUCCUGGACAACGUCUGUGGGGCUUGCAAGAAGGGCUAUACCACUCCGUGCGAACUCAACGACUGCCACCACGUCUUCUGCUUCUCUUGCACUGUGCCGUGGGUCGAUGCACGCGAGCACUGUCCAACGUGCCGUCGCAAGGCGGCGACGAGCGAGCUUACCCUCUGGGAUGUUACGAUCAAGAAGGCAACCGAGUCGAACGGCAGCGAGGGUACGGAUACGGAUGGGAAGCAGGAGAAGUUGGAUGGAAAGGAGGAGAGGGGCGAGAGGAACGAGGAGGGAGAUGAGAGAGAGGAGGAUGGGGAUGAGGUGAGACAGGAGGAUGACGAGGACGCCGAGUUUGACGCCAUGUUGGAGGAGUUGGCGAAGAAGGCAAAAGACAUGGAUGACUUCGUCUAG